GGUAAAAAAUUUCAUAAGGAUAAAAUUCUUACGGUUUGUUUUAAGUCUUAUGCCAAUUCGUGUAUCAAGGCCUUUAUAGAUGGUGCUACCUCUGCCAUAUUUUAUCGUAGCCUGUAUACAUAGUGACACGUGCUGAACAUUACAAACUUUAUUUAAAAAGAAAAGAGUUAUCUAAAAUCGAUAUUAAUUAUAUUAUUGAUUAUAUUAAUCAAUUGUGUUAUAGGAAUCAAAAUAAUGGCAAAAUCAUUACGUAGCAAAUGGAAGAGAAAAUGCAGAGCUGUUAAGAGAGAACGUUAUGGUGCGAAAGAACUCGUCAGAUUGAAAAAGACUCUUGGUAUCGAUGAAAAUGGUGAUAUUGAAAUGCCAGAAAUAUCUGAGAUUGCUAAAGUGGUUGAUGCAAAGGACAUAAAAGAAAAUUCUAAAACAAAGGAAAAUCAUAAAAGUGAUGAUACAGAGAAAAUGGAAGUGGACAGUGGUAGAGUAUACGAUAAGAAAACAUUAAAGGAUCAAUAUGGAAAUUAUCCUAUCUGGAUGAAUAGACGAAAGAUAAUGAAACAUAAGAAGGGAAGAGCAAAAGCUGAUAAAGGUACUACGAAAACAUGCAAAAGAUUAACUAGGCGACAGAAAAAAGAAUUGAAACAGAAGAAGUAAUGUUGUACAUUUAUAAUUAUUAAAUGGUAAAUGUUUAUUUUGACACAAGAUAAAAAUAUACAAAAAUAUUAGAAUCAAUCAAAUCAAAAA